CGGAAAAGGACUGGCAGCGCUGUGACUCGCCGUGGCGGUAAUGGGCUUAUGAUUGGACUUCAUCUGGGCCGGUUAUUUACUGCAGAAGAUUUUGGAAGGGGUCAGAAACCUCUUCUACUUUGGGCAGUCCCCGCCGGCCGCUAACUAGGUGUCUGCAAGGCGCCCGGACUCCUGCAGCCGCCUCCGUCGGACCUGGACCAGGGCUGUGCCUCACUAUGGCCGCUGCCCGGCACUGCACGCUGGACUUACGGCUCGGCGCCCAAGCUGACUGCGAGGCCAUUUUGAAAAGCCUCCGGUCCGUUUUCCAGGAGCAGGGGAUGACGGAGUCACUGCACGCCUGGCAGGAUCAUGGCUGUUUAGCGACCUACCUCAACAAAAACGGCAGCUUUGCCAACUUGAGAAUUUACCCACGUGGCUUAGUGUCACUGGACAUUCAGAGUUACGAUGGCGCUGCACAAGCCAAAGAAGUUGACAGUCUUUUGAACAAAGUAGAAGAAAGAAUGAAAGAACUGAGUCGGGACAGUCCUGCGCGGGUGAAGCGACUGCCACCCAUAGUUCGAGGAGGGGCUGUGGACAGAUACUGGCCCACUGCUGAUGGCCGCCUGGUUGAGUACGACAUAGAUGAAGUGGUAUGUGAUGAAGAGUCGCCUUAUCAGAAUAUUAAAAUUCUACACUCGAAGCAGUAUGGAAAUAUGCUCAUCCUGAAUGGGGAUGUUAAUUUGGCGGAGAGUGAUUGGGCCUAUACCCGGGCUAUCAUGGGUAGUGGCAAAGAGGAUUAUACUGGCAAAGACGUACUGAUCCUGGGAGGCGGAGAUGGGGGCAUAUUAUGUGAAAUAGUGAAACUGAAGCCAAAGAUGGCCACGAUGGUAGAGAUUGACCACAUGGUGAUUGAUGGAUGUAAGAAAUACAUGAGAAAAACGUGUGGUGACGUCUUAGACAAUCUUACCGGAGACUGCUAUCAGGUUCUCAUAGAAGACUGUGUUCCUGUACUGAAGAGGUACGCCAAAGAAGGCAGGCAGUUUGAUUAUGUGAUUAAUGAUUUGACAGCUGUUCCAAUCUCCACAUCUCUGGAAGAAGAUUCCACAUGGGAGUUUCUCAGACUGAUUCUUGACCUUUCAAUGAGAGUACUGAAGCAGGAUGGGAAAUAUUUUACGCAGGGUAACUGUGUCAAUUUGACGGAAGCCCUUUCACUCUACGAACAACAGCUCGGGUGCCUCUAUUGCCCUGUGGAAUUCUCGAAGGAAGUCGUCUGUGUCCCUUCAUACAUGGAGUUGUGGGUAUUUUACACUGUUUGGAAGAAAGCUCAGCCUUGAAGAUCAACAUGCCCUCAUCCUGUGUGCUGCAAAUGGUCUUUUUGACCUUCAUGUGUUGCCCGUGACAUCGAACUGAGUCAGGCAAUUGAUGGUGAAUUUCUUCAAGUUUUCUUUUUUAAUCAUUAGUUUAAGAAAAGCAAAUGGAAAAUGUAUAUUUUGAUGAGCUAGGGUGCUAUUUGUUUUUUUGUUUGUUUGUUUUGAAAGACAGCUGGGAGAAGGCUGCUAAAUGUACACCUAACCCCUGUGUGGUGAUUUUUUUACUUUUUAAAAAUGUGUGGGCUUUCUUGUUUUUUGUUUUGUUAGACUUUGAAUUUGAUUGUUUGCGGGGAGUGAACAUAUUUUGUUCUGGAGGGAAAUUCUCUAUGAUGUUUCUUUCCCAAAAAGUUAUCUUAGAUAUUAGCAAUGCUUUGAUUAAAAUUAAAAAUGA